CUUAAAGAAAGACCGACGCAGACGAGCGCGAUUUUCCGUGGAGUGGGCCAGCGAGAGCAGUGGGCGAAAGCGGCCGGUAUAUAUGCCGCUGAUUGGUACGAUGCAAUCUCAGUGUGCACUCCCGAAGGCUACCAUGAGCACUUCGCAGAUCCUCGUGCUCCUCGCCCUUGUGGCGACGGUGGCUCUGGCCGCCGAGACCAAGAAGGCCGACAGCAAAGGGAAAGCCAUCGACUCAAAGGAUGCCAAGAGCAAGCGCGGUCUGGAACUGAGUCUGGGUCAUGACGGUGGUUUCGGUGGUUUCGGUGGACACGAUUUCGGCGGCGGCGACUUGGGUGGAUUCGGCGGCGGUGGCGGCGGAGGCGGCGGAGGAGACUAUGGAAAAAUCUCCGGUAUCACGAUCCACCGUGAAGUCCAGGUGCCGGUACCGGUGCCCUACACCGUCGAGAAAAACGUACCGGUGCCCGUGCACGUGCCGGUGAAGGUCCCGGUAGACAACCCAAUACCAUAUCACGUUCCAAAACCUUACCCGGUUCCGGUGGAAAAAACCGUGCACGUUCCCGUCGAGAAACCGGUGCCCUAUCCGGUCAAGGUGCCCGUUAAAGUGCCCGUCAAGGUGCCCGUUCCUUACAGCGUACCCGUUAAAGUACCGUAUCCCGUCGAGAAACCGGUGCCCUAUCCGGUCAAAGUUCCGGUCGUCGUCAAGGAAUCGUACCCGGUUCUCGUACACGGCCACGAUCACGGCGGCGGCUUCGGCGGUGGAUUCGGUGGCGGACACGAGUUCGGCUUGGAUCUGCAUCAUUGACGAUAUUAAUGACGCUGUUGUAUAUAAUAAUAAUUGCGUUUCUUUUUUUUUUUACACACGUGCUG